ACGAGAUGGUCAGCUUUCGAGCCGGUACAGCAAAAUGCUGGAUGGACACUGCUUUCUGGGAUGGCAACUCUUCGUUGUUAUAGUCUUUCUGACCAUCGGCAACGCCACUGCCUAUUUCGGUUUAACUGGUAAUGAACCACUCACCAUCUUGCCUCUGACUCAAGAAACAGGACAGCCACACGGGAAGGCCCACUUCAAGGUCUGUGACCGUCUGAAGCUGGAGCGGAAACAACGGCGAAUGUGCCGUCGGGACCCUGGAGUGGCAGAGACCCUCAUGGAAGCAAUCAGUAUGAGUGCCCUUGAGUGUCAGUACCAGUUCAGGUUUGAGAGGUGGAACUGCACCCUGGAGGGACGGUACAGGACAAGCCUUCUGAGGAGAGGUUUUAAAGAAACUGCCUUCCUAUAUGCCAUCUCUUCUGCUGGAUUGACCCAUGCCCUUGCCAAGGCUUGCAGCGCUGGACGAAUGGAGCGAUGUACCUGUGAUGAAGCUCCUGACUUGGAAAACCGGGAAGCUUGGCAGUGGGGAGGCUGUGGAGACAAUCUCAAGUACAGCAACAAGUUUGUCAAAGAGUUUAUGGGGCAAAAGAAAUCCAACAAAGAUUUACGAGCUCGCGUAGAUCUGCACAACACCAACGUUGGUGUCAAGGUUAUCAAAUCUGGCGUGGAGACCACCUGCAAAUGCCACGGCGUUUCUGGUUCCUGUACUGUUCAGACGUGCUGGAGGCAGCUGUCCCCUUUCCACGAGAUUGGCAAAUUGCUCAAGUUGAAAUAUGAAACCUCGCUCAAGGUAGGCAGCACGACCAAUGAAGCAACUGGGGAAGGAGAGAUUACACCACCGAAAAAGGCCAUUGCUGCUACCCAUCACCAACAACAUCAAAUCCCAAGGACUACUGACUUGGUCUACAUUGAUGACUCACCAAGCUUCUGUCGGCCCAGCAAGUACUCACCUGGCACUGCAACACGCAAGUGCUAUAAGGACAAGAACUGUGAGAGCAUCUGCUGUGGUCGGGGACACAAUACUCAGAGCCGAGUAGUGACGCGACCCUGUCAGUGCCAAGUACGCUGGUGCUGUUAUGUGGAGUGUAAGCAAUGUACUCAAAGAGAAGAGAUUUACACGUGCAAAGACUAAUGCUCCCAUGUUCCAAUGGGAAGGGCCCUGGGGAGUCAUGGUGAGGACCAUGGACAUUUGCCUGAGGAAAUACUGCAAUAAAUCCCAAUAAGUCCUCAAA